CCGAGAAUUGUGGGUAGAAGACGGCGAGACCGACUGCGACGCCAUUUUACAGUCCUUCAGAGAAACUGUGGCGCUUUUUUGUUGUAGUUGUUGCGGCUGCUGCAGUGGCAGUGAGCCGUUAUUCUUUUCACGAUUGAUAUUCUGAUUAAUCAAGAAUUGAAGGCAAGAGAUGGGUUCCGACAAACGCGUGAGCAGAACUGAAAGGAGUGGAAGAUACGGAUCUAUCAUAGAUAGGGAAGAUCGGGAUGAUCGGGACUCCAGAAGCCGUCGACGGGAUUCUGACUAUAAAAGAUCUAGUGAGGAGCGUAGAAACGACAGAUAUGAUGAUUAUCGGGAUUAUGAUAGUCGGGAUUAUGAUGGCCGAGAUUAUGAUGGUAGAGAUUAUGACAGCCCUGAGAGAGAGCGUGAACGUGAGCGACGUAAUAGUGAUAAAUCGGAAGAUGGUUAUCAUUCUGAUGGAGACUACGGAGAACAUGAUUAUAGAAAUGACAUAAAUGAUGAAAAAGAAAGCAAGACCAUCAUGUUGCGUGGGCUCCCUAUUACUGUUACGGACUAUGAUAUACGAGAGAUCAUUGAAUCCUGUGAAGGCCCUCGGCCUGCAGAUGUGAGAUUGAUGAAGAGAAAGACAGGUGUAAGCCGUGGUUUCGCCUUCGUGGAGUUUUAUCACUUUCAAGAUGCUACCAGCUGGAUGGAAGCCAAUCAGAAAAAACUCUUGGUUCAAGGGAAGCAAAUUGCAAUGCAUUACAGCAAUCCCAGACCUAAAUUUGAAGACUGGCUUUGCAACAAGUGCUGCCUUUACAACUUCAGGAGGCGACUAAAAUGCUUCCGUUGUGGAGCAGAUAAAUUUGAUUCAGAGCAGGAAGUGCCACCUGGAGGACCGGAGGCUGUUCAGUCUGUAGAUUACUACUGUGACACUCUUAUUCUUAGAAAUAUAGCUCCUCAUACAGUAGUGGAAUCAAUCAUGACAGCUCUAUCACCAUAUGCUUCACUGGCAGUAAAUAAUAUCCGCCUUAUUAAAGACAAACAGACCCAGCAGAAUAGAGGCUUUGCUUUUGUACAGUUGUCUUCAGCCAUGGAUGCUUCUCAGCUGUUGCAGAUUUUGCAGAGUCUUCAGCCACCUCUGAAAAUAGAUGGCAAAACAAUUGGUGUGGAUUUUGCAAAAAGUGCUAGAAAGGAUUUGCUUCUCCCAGAUGGCAAUCGUGUCAGUGCUUUCUCUGUUGCUAGUACAGCCAUUGCUGCUGCCCAGUGGUCAUCAACCCAGCCUCAGAGUGGAGAAGGUGGCACUGUUGACUUCAACUACCUUCAACUUGGGCAGGAUGGUUAUAAUCAGUAUGCUCAGGAUUACCAGCAGUUUUACCAGAAUCAAACAGGAACGCUGGACACAGAUACAACUACAACUUCUGGUGGUCCAGUUACUGCAGCUACAACUACGGCAGCUGUUGUUUCCCAGAGCCCUCAGUUAUAUAAUCAGCAGACCAAUUCAGCUGAUACUCCGACACAGGCUGUGCAGCCAAGUACUAGUUCUCAGGUGCCAUCCACUUCUCCAACUGGUAUAAUUCCUGGCACCAAGUAUGCUGUUCCAGAUACUUCAACAUAUCAAUAUGAUGAAUCGUCAGGUUUCUACUAUGAUCCUGUGACUGGACUGUAUUAUGAUCCAAAUUCUCAGUAUUAUUACAAUGCUGUUACACAACAGUAUCUGUACUGGGACGGUGAGAAAGAGACCUAUAUGCCUGCGGCAGAAGGCACAUCAUAUCAGCAAACUAAUGCACCUUCAGCUAAAGAAGGAAAAGAAAAGAAAGAGAAACCCAAGAGUAAAACUGCUCAGCAGAUUGCUAAAGACAUGGAACGUUGGGCUAAGAGUUUAAACAAACAGAAGGAGAACUUCAAGAACAGCUUUCAGCCUCUGAAUGCAAGAGAAGAAGAAAGAAGAGAAUCUGCAGCAGCAGAUGCUGGUUUUGCUCUCUUUGAGAAAAAGGGCACCUUGUCUGAGAGACAGCAAAUAAUAACAGAAGUGAUAAAGAAUGGUGAUGAUGAUAAUCCAUUGAAACGUGGUUUGGUGGCUGCUUACAGCGGGGAUAGUGAUAAUGAGGAAGAUUUCUUGGAGAGAUUGGAGAACGAGGAAGAAAAAUUAACAGACUGGAAAAAGUUAGCAUGUUUGUUAUGUAGAAGACAGUUUCCAAACAAGGAAGCUCUCGUCAGGCAUCAGCAGCUUUCUGACCUGCAUAAGCAAAAUAUGGACAUAUACAGGAGAUCUAGGCUAUCUGAGCAAGAACUUGAAGCCUUGGAAAUGCGUGAGAGAGAGAUGAAAUACAGAGACAGGGCAGCCGAAAGACGUGAGAAAUACGGCAUCCCAGAGCCACCUGAGCCAAAGCGGAAAAAAGUGUUUGAUGCAGGCACUGUGAAUUAUGAACAGCCCACGAAAGAUGGGAUUGACCAUAGCAAUAUUGGGAACAAAAUGCUGCAGGCCAUGGGGUGGAGGGAAGGUUCAGGAUUAGGAAGGAAAUGUCAAGGCAUCACAGCCCCAAUUGAGGCUCAAGUGAGAAUGAGGGGAGCUGGGCUUGGAGCAAAAGGUAGUUCUUACGGUGUUUCUACAGCUGACUCAUACAAAGAUGCAGUACGGAAAGCUAUGUUUGCCCGAUUCACUGAAAUGGAAUAAGUUUUGUCCAUAUUGGAAGCUUAACAUUUCACUCUUCUUCCAAACUGACUGUUAAAACCUUUAAGGCCUUGGAGGCACUGCAGUAUAUUAGUUGUGGGUUGGAGUUAAUCACUUCUGUUUUAGGUUUUCCUUUCCUUCCAGCAUGCAAUGCUUCCCUUGGUACAUGAUAGAUCAUAGAACGCAAGCACUGUGGCUUCAUGUUGGAAGAACCCCAACGAAUUAAAAAGAAGAUACUGCAUCUUUAUACAUUUCUGUAAAUAGUGUAAAUUAAUGUGUUGUGUUCAGAGUUUUGUGUAAUCUAAAAGCCACUUCUGUCCUGUGGAGCAGUUGAGGAAGUGUUAAUAUGAUUUGACACUGCUGUACUCUGCUUACUUUGUAUUGUUUCUCAUUUUUGGCAAAGUUUCCUGUACAUUUUGUAAGAUAUGUAUUUGUAUAGAUUUUUUGAAGAUUUUGAUUCUAGAUGCCAGUCCAGACUUCUUUCGAAAAGAAAUAAAGCCUGAACCAAACUUGGUUUCUCCAUA